AUGGUGUUUGAUUGUCAGAACUACUCGGAGAUAAAGAAGGUUAAGUUGGCAGCAAUUGAAUUCACUGAUUAUGCCAUUAUUUGGUGGGAUCAAUUACUGAUUAAUAGGAGGAGGAAUAGAGAGCCACCCAUGGACACUUGGGAGGAGAUGAAAAUUCUUAUGAGGAAACGUUUUGUACCCAGCCACUAUUAUAGGGGAUUGUAUCAAAAGUUGCAGAGGUUAAAUCAAGGUUCCAAGAGUGUGGAUGAGUAUUACAAGGAGAUGGAGGUAGCUAUGAUCUGGGCUAAUGUAGAAGAGGACAAGGAAGCCACCAUGGCUAGGUUUUUGCAUGGUUUAAAUCGAGAGAUUGCGAAUAUAGUUGAGUUGUCGCACUAUGUUGAGCUGACAGAUAUGGUGCAUCAAGCCAUAAAGGUGGAGGAACAACUCAAACGGAAGGGAUUGGCUAGGAGGGGACAACCUAUGGCUACCACCAGCCUAUGGAAGACAGCUCCAAAAAGGGACGAGCAGCUACAAAAUAAUCCAAAAUUUGUACCCUCGAAUGCCAAGCCACGAUCACCACUUGAGUCAGAGAAUGAGGAAGAAGUAGAUGUUGAUGCCAUGCUACCUUUGGAGGAUACUGAUGAUGAGAAAAAUGAUGUUGUUGGGGAUUUAUUGGUAGCAAGUGUCAUUAUCGAUGGAGGAAGUUGUAAAAAUGUAGCCAGCACUUAUUUGGUGGAGAAAUUGGCCUUAACCACUUUGAAACAUCCUCACCCUUAUCGGCUUCAGUGGCUGAAUGAUUGUGGCGAAAUAAAGGUGACAAGGCCAGUGUUGCUGGCGUUAUCCACUGGCAAAUAUGAGGAUGAGGAGUUUGAAGAUGUCCUUCCCGAAGAGGUACCUUAUGGCUUACCUCCAAUUCGAGGGAUUGAACAUCAAAUUGAUUUCAUUCCCGGUGCAUCCAUUCCAAACCGACCUGCUUAUAGGAGAAAUCCCGAGGAGACCAAGGAGCUUCAGAGAUUUGUAGUUGUGUAUUUUGACGAUAUCCUAAUUUAUAGCAAAAAUGUGGAAGAACAUGUAAUGCAUUUGAAAUCUGUUUUCGAAAUUCUAAGAAAUGAAAAGUUGUUUGCUAACCUAAAGAAGUGCAACUUUUGCACAUAUAAGCUUGUGUUUCUUGGUUUUUUUGUUAGUAAGAGCGGAAUUGAGGUGGACGAGGAAAAGGUGAAGGCAAUCCAAGAGUGGCCAACGCCUACAACAAUCAGCCAAGUGAGGAGGUACCACGGCUUAGCUGGCUUCUAUAGACAGUUUGUGUGUGAUUUUAGUAGCUUAGCCGCCCCUCUUACUGAAGUCAUCAAGAAAAAUGUGCAGUUUAAGUGGGGGAAAGAACAGGAAAAGGCACGGUUGAACAUUGAAAGGAAGACUAAACUAUAUGUCCAUCAAGCCAACAAGGGACGCAAGAAGGUAGUGUUUGAACCAGGAGAUUGGGUUUGGUUGCACUUAAGGAAGGACCAUUUUCUGGAGAAACGACGUGAUGAUUUGAGGACAAAUCCUUCUCAAGAGGGGGAGAAUGAUGCACACCAAGGAGCUGGACAUGCUGAUCAUACAUGUGGGAAUGGAGCUGGAUUUACACUAGACCCUUUGUCACUUCCUAGUGGCCCAAUUACAAGAAACCACUAA